CCGAUGAAUGUGGAUUCGAUUAUGUCCAUGGAAAUUGUAGGGCAUGUUCGAUGUAUCAUUGUAUCGUAGUCUCGUAGGAGCUUUGUCGGGCAUUUCCAUGUGCAAGUUUUGAAGGUUCAUUCAUUGGCUUCGGUUAGGGGUCCGAUGAUCUCGGUCGGGAAUCUGAUGUGGGUUUAGAUUAUUUUCGCCAAAUCAAGUUAAAGUUUAGUCGUCGCUGUCUUCACAAGGUCUGGUUAGGGUUCUAAAAGUGAGGUUCUUCAGAUAGAAGAAGAAGACGGCGAUGGCUACGAGAAUCGGUCUGGCUGGACUCGCAGUGAUGGGCCAAAACCUGGCUCUCAACAUCGCCGAGAAAGGCUUCCCCAUCUCUGUCUACAACCGAACAACCUCCAAAGUCGAUGAAACUGUCCAACGGGCCAAGAAGGAAGGGAACCUUCCCGUUUACGGAUUCCAUGAUCCCGAGUCUUUUGUCAACUCGAUUCAGAAGCCCCGUGUUAUAAUCAUGCUUGUCAAGGCAGGUGCACCGGUCGACCAGACCAUUAAAACGCUGUCUGCAUACAUGGAAGAGGGUGAUUGCAUCAUAGACGGUGGUAAUGAAUGGUACGAGAACACCGAAAGGAGAGAGAAGGCGGUGGCCGAGCGGGGUUUGCUUUACCUGGGGAUGGGAGUUUCGGGUGGUGAAGAAGGUGCCCGAAACGGACCCUCUCUGAUGCCCGGAGGUUCAUACAAGGCUUACGAGUACAUCAAAGACAUCCUUCUGAAGGUGGCAGCUCAGGUUCCAGGCAGUGGUCCAUGCGUUACUUACAUCGGAAAAGGAGGGUCCGGGAACUUUGUCAAGAUGGUUCACAACGGGAUCGAGUACGGUGACAUGCAGCUGAUUGCAGAGGCUUACGAUGUCCUGAAAUCCGUCGGCAAGUUAUCGAACCGCGAGCUCCACGCCGUUUUCUCCGAAUGGAACAAAGGCGAGCUUCUUAGCUUCUUGAUCGAAAUCACGGCCGAUAUUUUCAAGAUCGAGGAUGAUAAAGGAGACGGGUAUCUGGUCGACAAGGUCCUGGACAAAACCGGGAUGAAGGGCACAGGGAAAUGGACAGUGCAGCAAGCCGCCGAGCUAUCUGUCCCGGCUCCCACCAUCGAAGCAUCUCUGGACGCAAGAUUCAUCAGCGGGCUAAAAGAGGAACGGGUCCAAGCCGCCAAAGUCUUCAAAGAAAGCGGGUUAUGUGGCGAUAUCUUGACCGACCAAGAAAUAGACAAGAAACAACUGAUCGAGGAUGUGAGGCGAGCUCUUUACGCAUCGAAGAUCUGCAGCUACGCUCAAGGCAUGAACCUAGUCCGAGCCAAGAGCAUGGAGAAAGGCUGGGGCUUGAAGCUGGGAGAGCUGGCAAGAAUCUGGAAAGGAGGAUGCAUCAUCAGAGCCAUCUUCCUGGACAGGAUCAAGCAGGCUUACGACCGGAACCCCGAUCUGCCGAACCUUCUGGUCGAUCCAGAGUUUGCGAAGGAGAUGGUGGAGAGACAAUCGGCCUGGAGGAGGGUUGUGUCGUUGGCCGUGGACUCGGGGAUAAGCAUGCCGGGAAUGACGGCGAGUCUGGCGUACUUCGACUCGUACAGGAGGGAGAGAUUGCCGGCGAAUCUGGUUCAGGCUCAAAGAGAUUACUUUGGAGCUCACACUUAUGAGAGGGCUGACUUUGAUGGCUCUUUCCACACCGAGUGGUUCAAGAUUGCCAAAUCUAAGUUGUAACUUCUCUUUUAACUUCGGAACCAAACAGAGACUCUGGUUCCAAAGUGUAAUAACAAUUAACAUUCAGUUCAAGGUUUCGGUUUUCGGUUAGGUGAUA